AUGGGAGACCUUGGGAGAGGUGACCAAGGACAGGACUUGGGGCAAGGGGCAGUUCUCAGAGGCAUCGAGGAGGUCCGUGUCAACACCAACCUGCUGAGACCAAUCCAGCUGCAAGUGGACCCUGAGUUCCAGAGGGUGAGGUCAGAUGAGAAGGAGCAGAUUAAAGCUCUCAACAACAAAUUCGCCUCGUUCAUCGACAAGGUGCAAUGUCUGGAGAGGCAGAACCAAGCUCUGCUGGCCAAGUGGGAACUCCUACAGCAGCAAAGCUCCAGCCCUGAGGAGAGCAGGAACAUCACCUCCUUCUUCCAGUCCUACAUCACCAACCUGCAGAGGCAGCUCGAGACGCUUCGGAGCCAGAAGGAGCAGUUGGAUCCUGAAGCUUAUAACAUGCUGCAGCUCGUGGAAGAUUAUAAAAACAGAUUCGAGGAUGAGAUCAACAAAAGAACAUCCAGGGAGGAAGAGUUUGUGGAGCUGAAAAAGGAAUUGGACAGUGCCUACAUGGGGAAGACGGAGUUUGAUGUCCGGGUGGAUAUCCUGAAGCAGGAGCUGGAGUUCCUCCGGUGUUUGCACGAAGCUGAGCUGUCCCAGCUGCAGACCAUGGUUGGCAACACGGACGUUGUGCUGUCCAUGGACAACCACAGGGAGCUGGACAUGGAUGGAAUCCUGGAGGAGGUCAGGCAGGAGUACGAAGGGAUUGCCCAGAGGAGCAUGGCUGAAGUAGAUUCCAUGUACCGUGGAAGGUACCAGGAUCUCCAGAACAUGUGGGAGAAUCAACGGGAGCAGCUGAGGAACAGCCACCAGGAGAUCCAGGAACUGGCCAGGCACAUCCAAAGGCUCCAACCAGAGAUCGAAAUCGCCAGGAAAAGGAAUUCCACCCUCCAGGACUCCAUCGCGGACGCUGAGCACCGCGGGAGCUCUGCUGUCAGGGAUGGCCAGGAGAAGCUCCAGGAGCUGGAGAAGGCUCUUCAGCAAGCCAAGGAUGACCUUGCUCGCCUUGUCCAUGACUACCAGGAGCUCCUGAACGUCAAACUGGGGCUGGACGUGGAGAUCGCCAUGUAUCGCUCCCUCCUGGAGGAGGAGGAGAACAG